CCCAAACCCUCACCUCUCUGUCUCUCUCUCUUUCUCUCUCUAUAUUCUCCUGAGUCUUCUCUUCUUCUCUCUAUCUUAUACACUGCAAUUCGCAAACCCUACCCUUUCUCUCUGAAUCUUCGACGCACUUCAAACCCUAGCUCUCUUCGCAUUCCAUUCCUCUCUUCGCAUUCCAUCUCAAUCCUCUUCUUCUUCUUCCGUUCCGUUUUCGGAUCUCUGUGUCUGCGAAUUCCAACAAUCUCGAACUCAAUGGCGAUGGGCGACGGCAAGGUCAAUUUACCCGACGAUCUCUUCUCUUCCAAGCCUUCCGAUUUGCACUCCUCUCUCAAAGAUGAAGCAUCGGGAGGACAUGGUGGAGAGAAAGGGAUUGCUGCCCUUCUUGAUGAUUCAAAAGAUCAAGUGUCAUCUGACAGUAGUAUACCCUUAUCCCCACAGUGGCUUUAUUCCAAACCAAUUGAUGCAAAGACAACUGCCAACCCGGUGGGGGUGAACUCGGCUGAUCCUAUACUGAAAGAUGGUUGGCGUUUGGAGGGAUCUCAGGACAAGAAAGAUUGGAGAAGGACUGCUCCUGAUGUUGACAUCAGUCGCCACUGGCGUGAGGAGGAGAGAGAAACAAGCUUGCUUGGGAGAAGGGAUCGCAGAAAAGAAGAUCGUCGUUUGGAGAAUACUUCAACCUCAGAGAAUAGAUCCUUGCCUUCUGAUCGCUGGCAUGAUAGCCGUGGUUCUGGCCAUGAUUCUCGAAGAGAGAACAAGUGGUCAUCAAGAUGGGGUCCUGAUGAUAAAGAGAAGGAUUCCAGAAAUGAAAAAAGGAAUGAUGUUGAGAAGGAAGAUGGUCAUGCAGAGAAACAAUCUUCUGGUGUUAUCAACCGUGCAGGUUCUGACCGUGAUGCUGAUUCCCGUGAUAAAUGGAGGCCACGACAUAGAUUGGAAGCUCAAGCAGCUGGUGUGGCCACAUACCGUGCUGCACCUGGUUUUGGGCUAGAAAAAGGACGUAUAGAGGGUUCCAAUGUACGAUUUUCACCCGGAAGAGGAAGGGCAAAUAUCAAUGGAAACAUACAAAUUGGAAGGCCUCCAUUGGGCUCUGGUGUUGGAUCUCCACUUAUGGAUAAGAACAAAGCUAUAUUGGGUAAGUCUAGCCUUGGUGCUGAUUCAUAUUACUAUCCCAGGGGUAAGCUUCUUGACAUAUACCGUAAGCAAAAGUUUGAUUCAACUUUUGAAAGCAUACCUUCUGAGAUGGAGCACACAUCACCAAUAACUCAACUUGGUCCUGUAGAACCAUUAGCAUUUGUUGCUCCUGCUGCUGAGGAAGAGGGUGUCCUUAAAGAUAUAUGGAAGGGAAAAAUUACUAGCAGUGAAGUCUCAGGCCACUCCUUUAGAGGAAAGGAUGGCGGGUUAAAUGAUGAUAUUUCAGGUCCUGGUAUUACUUCAAGUGAUGAAAAUCAACCUUCAAUUCGCAGUGGUGGAAGGUUUAUAUCAGGAAUUGAUAUCUCGAAUAGUUCUGAUCAAAUUUUUAUUGGCUCAGCAUCAACUGCUGGUGGUUCAUUGAGAAAUGUAGUUGAUGGAGUAGUAACUUUUCAAGAUGGCAAAUGGAAAGAUAUGCCAACUAUUGGAGUAUAUGGGAGAGAUGAAAACUCUAAUAGCAUCACUAGGGAGGGAAGCAUUUCCAGAAAUAAAGUUGCUGCAUCAGAAACUUUUGAUUACCAUCAGGGUCAAGUUUCUGCUUUUCAGGAAAAUGUUAAUCGGGAUGGUGCUGAAUCAAUUGCUGCUUCAGAAAUCAGUAGUAACCUACCGGAUGAUUUUCGCUCUCUCUUUGAUUUUUCAUCUUUCCAGCAAAUUCCAAGCAUUAAUCAACUGGACUUGAAGAUUAAUGAGAAGACAUAUCCUUCUGAAAGUGUUACUCCUCCUGAGGAGUUGAGUUUGUGCUAUCUGGACCCUCAAGGGGUAAUUCAAGGACCCUUUCUUGGGAUUGACAUCAUUAUGUGGUUUGAACAAGGGUUUUUUGGGAUAGAUUUACCAGUUCGCGUGUCAGAUGCCCCUGAAGGAUCACCAUUUCAAGAACUUGGAGGUGUCAUGCCUCAUCUGAAAGUCAAAUCAGCAUUUGGUUCUGGUAGUAACCUGGUUACUCAAUCAGAACCAUCUGAUGCUAUUGGAAGGAACCUAACAGUAGAUGUACAUGCUUUUGACUAUGAUGGGUCUUCUGUUAGCAAUGAUCAACCCUGGUCUUCAUCCCGACCUGAUGCUACCUCAAGUAUUGGUAUUCCUUCCCAAAUACCUAAUCAAAGUUAUCAAUCUGAAAUCAAGUUCUCUGACGAUCAGUGCUUCAAUAAUAUUGUUGCACAAAAUGAGGAUAUCACCUUAUUGAAAGGAAACGUCAAUGAUAACCCUUUGAUGUGGCCUUUGGAUGUUAAUGCUUCCUAUUCCCAUCCUACUGGAAAAUCUGUUGCAAAUGAAGUUGCAGGAGGUGAUACUCACCAUAGUGAGGCUGAUAAAUUGCAUCCCUUUGGUUUAUUGAUGUCUGAGCUAAGAGACGGCUCUCAUUUAAGGCGUGCUCAAUCUUCCAAUAGUUCUUUGAGAUUGGGUGACCAGGGUCAUUUUCUAGAUCCUCUAAUUGAUAGAGAUGCUCCUUUUGCUGAUCAAAACUCUGCUGGGGGAAUGGUUAAUCAGCCUUCUUUCAGGGAGACAUGGCCUGAUGAAUAUGGGAUACAGAGGCAAUUUAAUCCCAAUCCGAGUGUGGGUUCAUUAGAAGAUCAGUUCUUGUCUCAUAUGGGACCAAAAUUUAAUAAUUUUGAUAUGGCAGAGCAUAUCAUGUUGCAGAAGAUGCAGAAGGAACGGCUUCAGCAGCAGACUAGUAUAUCUAAUCAUUUCCCUGCAAAUCUUAAUGGGUCAGAUUUAGAGAGAUUUCCAGGUUUCUCUCUUUCUCAAAGCAAGAACUCAAACAUGCAGCAGAUGAUGCAGAAUGCAGGGUCUGAUUUUGAACGUCUUCUGGAACUUCAGAUUCAACAACGCCAGCUUGAGCUUCAACAACAGCAAGAUAUGCAUCAUCAACAAUUACUUCAACAACAAAUGAAACUACAGCCCCAGCAACAGUCGCAAGUUCAGCAGUUACUCCUUGAACAGUUUAUGCAUCAGCAGAUGCAUGAUCCCAAUUUUGGACAGUCAAAACAUGAUCUUUCUAGGGAUAACCUGUUUGAUCAGGUACAAUUGAGGAGAUAUCUGCAUGACUUGCAGCAGAAUUCACAUUCUUCAAGACACCUUGAUCCAUCAAUGGAGCAGAUCAUACAAGCAAAUAUAGGCCUCAAUGCUGCCCAAGGAAGGCAAGCAGAUUUGUCAGACCUCUUGUUGCAAGCAAGGCAUGGAAAUAUAUUGCCUUCUGAACAACAUCAUUUUCAGCAAGAUCAGCUUCAGGCACAGCAGUUAUCCAUGGCUCUUAGACAGCAGUUAGGGUUGGAAGGGGAAAGACAUUUUGGUCGGUCAUGGCCAAUUAAUGAAACUGGACCGUUGGUAAGAAAUCCCGCAACCCAUCAGUUGGGUCAUUCAGCAGGAUUUAAUGUUUUAGAUAUUCACAAACAGCAGCAGAGGCUUGUGGCACAAGAGGAGCAAUUAAAUUAUCUGGGAAGGAAUCUUCCUGAGCAGAACCAGAGAGGGUUCUAUGAGCCUAAUCCUAUGAUGUUUGAGAGGUCUGCACCUGUUUCUGUCCAAGGAAGGGAAUUACAAGAACGUCUUCGCUAUGUGCACCCAACUGAUCAACUGGCUUUAUCCUCUCACCACCUACAAUCAUCUGAUGAUCUUUUUGGUCACCACGCAGAUGCAUUUAAGAGCUCUCUCUCUGGGAACAAUGGGCAUGUGGAAAAUAGCUGGAUUGACCCACGUGUUCAACUACAACAUCUUGAAGCUGUGAGGCAGAGAAGAGAGUUAGGGGAUACUGUUACAUCGGCAGAUCUUAACAUAUCUGCAUCUGCUGGUGCUCAUGAAGAGAGUUCAGCGCGAGGUUUUAUGGACCUACUUCAUCAAAAACUGGGUCUUCAAUCCGCACAACCAUCACCUGUUGAUAAGUGGCAUCCUCUUUCAUCAAGAAGUCAUGACAAAUCUUGGCAUGCUUCUGAGGCUAGCUCAUUAAUGCAUCCUUUUGAGCUUCCACCAGAUCAGCAAGUCCAUCCAAAUGACCCAUUUUUAGAUAGGGUUCAAAGUGCUAAUUCCAGUGCCCUAAUGCAUGACCAUUUAACCAGCAUGCAUAUUAAUGAGCAAUACAACAAUCUAGGGAAUACUGAAAGAAUGCCUCUUCGAUCUAGAUCCGGAUCAUUACUUGAAGAACAAUCACUGUUAUCUGCAAAUAAGGAUACUUUACAUUCCAAUUACAGAAUUCCUUUUCGGAUUGGUAAAUCAUCUAUGGAGAAAGACUUACUUGAGUUGGAGACAAAUAAGGGGCAGAGGCAUGAAUUUAUAGGCACAAUUAACAAGUCAGUUCCUGGGAUGUCAGACUUGUCUGAACAAGUGGAAAGCACCAUGAAUUCUAUGGAACUGCCUGCUAUUGCCCAUAGUAGACAUAGCUCUUUAAGCAGUGCAGGUGGUGAUGGGGGCUCAUAUGGUCGUGAGAUUGUUUUGAAUAAUUUGCGUGUAGAUGAGAUUUCUAGUGACAGGAUGCCUCCUCCAACAAAAGGGUUUGAUAAUGCUUUCCAUAAACGUCCUCAUGUAUCUCGGGUUUUAUCCUCACCUGAUGUUCAGUCAGACCAACCAUCUGUACCCCAUACCAAUCAGAAUAAUUUAAUAAAUCUUACAUCCAGCGAAGGGAGACGAGAACCUUCUGGAAAUUCGUCAAUUAGUAGCAUGACUGAUGCUCAGGCUUCUGGGAAAAAAGAUAUUCGGUUCAGAUCAUCUUCUUUCAGUGAAGGCGCCAUGUCAGAGACAUCAUUUAUGGACAUGCUCAAAAAGCCAGUUCAUCCUGAGGUGGAUGCACAUGCAGCCAGCGGAGCUGGGACCGAGUCAUCUGAUGGUGGACAAGCAGGGCGAAUUGGCAAGAAGAAGGGGAAGAAAGGAAAACAGAUAGAUCCUUCUCUUCUUGGCUUCAAGGUCUCCAGCAACCGGAUAAUGAUGGGUGAGAUUCAACGCCCUGAAGAUUGAUAGUUACUCGUAGCUUACCUGUAAAUUUUGCAAUUCUUCUUUUAUUUUAUUUUUUUGUAUAUUUUUUUGGGGGAGGGAUGACUGGUGUACAGUCUGCUAGAGCAUAGCUAUAAUCUUCAAUACAUCCGUUUUUUAUGAUAGGUGGAAUAGAUUUUAUGUAUUUGAAAGCCCUUUUGCGUUGAUUAGUGUGUACAGUCACUGAUGAGUGUAGAUACGAGGAAGCUAUGCGUUGUCAUAUGAUGGAUGGUUCAACUAUUUUUGUGGGAUGGGAUAGGAACAAAGAAUUAGCAUCAGGCUUGGUGAGUGCUUAGCAAUCUUUUAGGGUUCAUGAUAGUUUUUUACAGGUUGAGUAGAAAUGUAAAGGGUUUAGUAAUUCUUGAAUGAGAAAGAAAUCAGAAACAUGUAAUUCUCGUGUUUUAAGGUACAUAGUGAAUGUACUAAUACUAAGUGAACAA